AUGGGAACCUAUGUGACCGAUUUGCCCUGGACCACCUCGGGAAAGCCGGGCAAGUACACUGGUGCCGUGAUUGUCAAGCCCAAUGGUUCUAGAGUUCCUGACGGCCAAGGCAUAAUUCUUUAUAACGUCGGAAAGGCCUACUAUGAAGGACAGUGGAAAAACGGUCAACAAUGGUUCCAGGGCCAGUAUUCGUUUCCGAACUACGUUUACAACGGCGAGUGGCGUCAUGAUGCGCCGAACGGUCAAGGAGAGCUGCGAAGCAAAGAUAAGGGCACUCAUAUUGGUAACUUCGUUAACUGGAAAAGAGAUGGUGCCGGAGUGCAUACUUUAGCGGAUGGCAAAACUACCAACGGGAUCUAUAGGAACAACAAGUUGCAUGAAAGAUUCACUAAGCGCUGGCCUAACGGGGACUAUUAUACGGGAACCUGGAAUGCCACAACUCAAACAGGUCACGGACAAGGGCGCAUUAGCUGGUCAACGGGGCGUAUAUAUGAAAGAGAUCUCAAGGACGAUUGUAUUCCUCAUGGUCGCGGGAAAAAAACUUACGCAAAUGGGACGGUUAGACAUAGGACUUGGAACAAUGGAAGUUUCCAGGGUUGA